AUGAAACGUUUUUUAAUUAGCAAUGCUAGUACAGCAAGUGCUAAAAAAAAUUGUACAACUAAAUUUGAUGCUAUUGAAAAUAUAUGUUCUACUCCAUCUGGCAGUUGUGCUUAUGAAAUUGUGACUGAGAAAGUGUCAAACAAAAAACCAUUAUUCUCAACAGAUUCUUGUAAAUUACAAAUUGAAGAUGCUGCUCUCCCAAGAAAUCAUGAGGACCACGAUAGAUGUCAUAAGCUCAGACCUAUAUUUGAUCAUUUAAAUAAACAGUUUUCUAGCAUUCCUCUUGAAAGAGAUUUAGCUAUAGAUGAGCAACUGUGUGCCACAAAAGCACGCAGCUAUUUAAAGCAAUAUUUACCUUUAAAACCACAUAAGUGGGGAUAUAAGUUUUUUGUUUUAUGUAGUAGUAAAGGAUAUGCAUACAACUUUGAAUUAUACACUAGUCAAGAAAAUUUUGAGAAAUUUAGACUUAACACUGAACCUGAUUUGAUGGCUAGUGCCAAUGUUGUUGUAAGACUCAGGACUGUUCGUAGAAACCGAAUUCCCAAUUGUAAGAUUCCAUCUGAAAAAAUAAUGCUUAAAGAACCUAGUGGAACUUCAUACGAAUAUUUAACUGUAUUUAACAACGUUCCAAUAACUUCAGUCAUAUGGAAAGAUAAUAAACUGGUGACACUUCUUUCAUCUUAUUGUGGCAUAUUACCUGAAAUGUCCAUCAAUCGAUUUGAUAAAAAUCCAAAAGAAAUAUGGAAACGAGUGGAAAAUGAAAAUGGUAGAGUACCAAAAUUAAGUUUAUUUGAUUUUCGUACAGAAGUUGCAUUUUCAUUAACAACGUCUGUAUCUACUCCAAAAAGAGACAGACCAUCUAAUGAAGAAAGAGAACAGAUAAAAAUACCUAAACAACAUACUCAUUCAAUAACACCUGAAGAUAUCAGAAGAGAUGGUUUACAUCAUUGGCCAGAAUAUAAAGAAUCAAGGCAACGGUGCAAGUAUGAAAAAUGUGGAAAACUAACACAAUGCACUUGUACUAAAUGUGAUAAGUAUUUUUGUUGCGGUGUCAACAGAAAUUGUUUUAAAGAUUUUCAUACUAAAUAA